CCUGCAUCCUUCGAGGCUGUGAUCAAUCAGAGACGGAAUCAGCGGGAGGAUUCGCGGGGCUGCACGGGGGAGUUUGAUUGCUUUGCGCGUGACUUUGCAGAAGACAUCCUGACAAAAGACAACUUCCCAUCAGGCCGCAGCUAUUUUAGGAACUGGGUGUCAACACGCCCACUGCCAAACUAUUGUAGUUUUGGGAAGAAACGGUUUCUGAGCCCCGUUUUCCUCACAUUUACGCACGAACUGCUGCGAGAAGGAACAGCCUCGCGCGCGAGUCUGACGCACGCUUGCGUCUUUAUUUCCAGGGAGAAGCAAUUCAUCCGGAUUGCGCCAUCAUCUCCCAGCACCUGAGGGCUCGAGAGGUUUGCAGUCAGAGGAGGAGGACCGAGGCGCGAAACCGAAGCGACCACAGCGAUUAAGGUGAAGAAUUUCCACCUCUAAGAUGGACCGCUCCUCACAUCUGCUGUGUGCAAACCGCUGGGUAACCAGGAAAAAUCCCGGAUGUAGAACGGAGUGGGACGAGAUCGGAUGCUGGUUAAAAGCUGAAGUGGGUCAGGUGGUGAACCUGUCCUGUUCGGAAGUCUUCCAGCAUUUUUCCAGCAAUCAAGGAUUUGUGUACAGGAACUGUAAUGUCGACGGCUGGUCGGACAUGUAUCCACCCUAUGACGAAGCGUGUGAUUUUAGUGACGAUAAUGAGCCUGAAUCUGAGACGAGCUACCUCUACACAUUCAGACAGGUGUACACUGUAGGCUACGCCACCUCGCUCAUCUCCCUCAUUACCGCCAUCGUGGUGUUUGCCGCCUUCAGGAAGUUCCACUGCACCAGAAACUACAUCCACAUCAACCUCUUCUCUUCGUUCGUCCUGAGAGCCAGCGCCGUGUUCAUUAAGGACGCAGUGCUGUUUGCAGAUGAGACUCUGGACCACUGCUCCAUGUCCACGACUGCCUGCAAGUCGGCCGUGGCGUUCUUCCAGUUCAGCAUUCUGGCCAAUUACUUCUGGCUGCUGGUGGAGGGCAUGUAUCUGCAGACCCUGCUGGCGCUCACGUUCGUCUCGCAGAGGAAAUACUUCUGGUGGUACAUCCUGAUAGGAUGGGGACUCCCAUCAGUGGUUCUGGUUCUUUGGGUUCUGACCAGAUUCUUCUACGACGACAGAGGAUGCUGGGACGACACGGACAAUGUGGGCAUAUGGUGGAUCAUUAAAGGACCAAUCACAGCCUCCCUGCUGGUCAACAUUUUCAUCUUCAUCAACGUCAUCCGGAUUCUGGUCCAGAAGCUGAAAUCUUCAGCCAUGGCGGGAAACAACGACACGGGACACUUCAUGAGGCUGGCUAAAUCCACUCUGUUCCUCAUCCCUCUGUUUGGGAUGCACUACACUGUGUUUGCCUUCCUGCCCGAGAACACCGGAGUGGCAGCCAGACUCUACAUUGAGCUGGGCCUGGGAUCCUUCCAGGGGUUUGUGGUGGCGCUCCUUUAUUGCUUCAUGAAUGCAGAGGUCCAGACGGAGCUCCGGAAGUGGAUGUGGAAGUGUCACAGUCCAAACCAUCUCACUCCUGCGAAGAGGAGCAUCACCCAGAUCACAAUCCGAACCCGGGGAGAGUUCGGCCUCCCCCCCUCCAGUGCCAACAUCUCCUCUGUGUGACUCCAGACACACAAAGUAUUUCUGAAUGUGAAACAAAACAGAAAAGGACCAUAACAAUCUCUACAACAAUAGCGCUGAAUUGGAUUCCUGUCAGUGAGAACAUGCGACUACAGAGAGGCUGCGUGGGAUCACAGACAGACGUCUGCAUCCUUCAUGUCUGCGUCUGCGCAGUUCAGCGAGGAGGCUGCACCGAUUCCAGAGCCGGACAGGACGCUCUCCUGUUGUACCUAAUCUCUGCAGACAUUAUGGUGCCAUUGUGCCAGUAUUAUUGUAAGUCAUUAGAGGCGGAGCUUAGUCUCCCUACAGAAUCAGAAAACAAACAAAUACAGAUUUUAUCAAGACGUAUUCAGACCUUUUGAAAGAACAUGCUGCACUAAAAAGAGCCUCUUGUCAUCUCUGCGUCGACGACGUUAAAAGGAUCAAUGUGUGUCUAAAUGUUUGUGUGAAGGUAUUUGUUCAAAGUUUGUCUUUAAAUCGUCUUUGUGAACAUUUGGCAUGUCCGCCUGAUUUCUGUUUCGUCGUAAUUGUGUAAUCUAAUCUUACAGUCAAAAUAAUUCUUAUUUAGACGUGCAUGGUGAAGUGGGAUUGGUGUAGCCGAGGGAACCCAGUCAAAUGUUCUGUAGAACUUACUGGAUCCAGAACUGCUCCAGAGUAAUGCAGCGAUUAGAACGGCUUUACUACACGUUUCUGUGAUAAAUACACAUGAAAAUAUAUAUUUAUGGUUUUAGUUUUCUCCCUCUGUGGUAAAUUCAAAGUAUUUUUUGUUCCUUCUAGGGCCUAAAACUAUUAUUAAGACAUAUUGCUGCAUUAUUGAAGUGCCACGUUUAGUAAAACUCAAAAGAAAAAAAGACUGUUGCAAACUGUGAAGCACGGCAGUGGAAGUAUGGUGGUUUGGGCUUAGUUAGUAGCUAAAACAUUGAGUCACAUCCUAAUAAACAUUUGGGUAAGCCUCUAAAGUUGAUGAAAUGUCCUCACCUGUCGGGGGUGUCAUCAAUCAAACCAUCAAACAUGAGAUGUAUUUCUUUAGACAUUGUGACAGAAUCUGUCAAAUAAAUAAAUAAUUAUU